CCAACGUUCGCCAAAAUAAAUGCUCCAACGGGAAGAAUUCAGCUCCUCCUUGCUAUAAAUUGAAGGCAAAUCGCAACAAUUCAAGAGGGGGGGACAACGAAGGGGAAUUCACACGGAGAAUAAAGCAGCGACUCUAGCCGCUGCUAUCUACGCAGCUCCGGUCGACGAUGGGCGGUGGUCUCCAACACCGUUCAUGGUUCCUCCAAGCUUCAAUUAUUCAAUUUCUUCAUCUUCUUCAACAAUUGGUAACCCUAUAUUUGUCAAUUUCUUUUUCUUCUCCAAUUUCUUUGUAAAAGUUGUUUUUCAAUUCUAAUUUACACUUUUUUUACCUAGUUUAUGUUAAUUUCAUAAAAUUUCAAAAAUGAAGAAUCUCUCUCAACAACCUAUCGAAUUGAAAGAGAAGAAAAAGGAGAAUCUUGUUAAUCCUCAGAGGCAGCUAAAAUCAGAAAGAGAGAGUCAGUGCAUUUCACUUGUCUAUGCAAAUCGGAUAUGCGAGGACAUAAUUCAAGUUGAGUCGUGGUUUUUUCUUGUCUUGAGAGCUGCCAUAGACAAUUAUCCGGAACUGGAGUUCAAAGUUGCAUUAGCAGUCCAGUUAGAAAUACUCAAAGGAGACAUAACUUCAGAGCUUAUCGGAUGACUAUGACAAAACUAUCUCAGGUACAGAGCUGGGUAGGAAGCCCCUAUCAGUUAUUUUCAGAGAAGGGAUAUUCAGAUGGCUUAUCACAUUCUUCGGACAGCUUUUCUGAACCAAGUACAUCAAGUAUGAAUAAUGGAAUGGAUUCUGUGAACUCGAAUUCUCCAUAUGUCCAACCAUUUUAUUUAAACAAGAGGGCAUUAGAUUCUGGCCUUGCAGAGAAUCAAGCUGGUAUGCUUAAUUUGCUAGAGACAUCCCUCUUUGAGUAUGCACAACCAGCCAAUAAUGUGCCCAGAGAUGUUUUCAUUUGGGGAGAAGGAAUAGAAGGAGAUUUUUUAGGGGUAGGGGGGAGAAAGUUAGAUGCAUUGUCACCCAAGUUUCUUGAUUCCAAUGUCAUGUUUGACGACGUACAGAUGUUAUCCUUAGGUCGAAGUCAUGCUUUCUUUGCUACCAAACAUGGGGAUGUUUUCUCCUGGGGUGAAGGAAAGCAUGGACGAUUGGGGCAUAAAGUUGAUUCCGAUUCUCCCUACCCAAGAGUUGUUGAAUCCCUUGAAGGAAUUCAUGUGAAAUCUGUGUCUUGUAGUGAAUACCAAACAUAUGCUCUGACUGCUACCGGUGAACUCUAUAAAUGGGGUGAUGACAUUUCUAGUGCCGAUUCUCAGAGCGACAAUAGAAAGAGAAGCUAUUGGUUGCCACAUAAAGUUUCGGACGGUCUGGAUGGCAUUAAAAUAUCAUCUGUUUCUUGUGGAGAAUGGCAUACUGCUAUACUCUCAAUAUCCGGGCAACUGUUUACCUACGGAGAUGGAGUGUUUGGGGCCCUCGGUCAUGGAAACACCAAAACCCUUCCUCACCCAAAACAAGUUGAAUCCCUUGAGGGCUUAAGGGUAAAGUAUGUCUCAUGUGGAUCAUGGCAUACAGCUGCCAUUGUUGAAAUAAUAGCUAAUAAUCAGUUUGAGCCCAGCAAGCUGGUAGGGAAACUUUUCACAUGGGGUCAUGGUGAUAAAGGCAGGCUUGGUCAUUCCGAUCAUGAGAAGAAACUUGUGCCUGCUUGCGUUGCAAAGCUGGUGGAACAAGAUUUUUAUCAAGUUUCUUGCGGCGCAGAUUUCACGGUCGUGCUGUCUUCCACAGGAAAGGGUAAUGUCUAUUCAUGGGGAAGAGGUAUGAACGGGCAGUUGGGAACGGGUGAUAGGAAAGACAGAAGCUCUCCAACUUUGGUAGAUGCCCUAGAAAAUCGACACGUUGAACACAUUUUUUGUGGACCAAAUUCCACAGCUGCCCUUUGCUUGCCCAAGUCCAUGUCCACCAAUAAUGAUCAAUCUACAUGCAAAGGCUGCAACUUGGCUUUUGGCAUCACAAGGAAGAAGCAUAAUUGCUACAACUGUGGAGUAUUGUUAUGUCGCGCUUGCGGCAGGAAAACAAGUGCAAAUGGGUCCCUACCAGGGAAUAAAACUAAACCUCUUCGAGUAUGUGACCCAUGUUUCAACCAACUUCGGAGGACUGCUCAGUUAGGGACUACAUUUUUAGAGCAUGACAUUUAUAGCCCCAGACCACAUUCAAUGAUUAGUCAUAUGGAGGAAAAUGAUGAAAGGGAUCAAGAACGAGUAGGUUCUGCUAUGACGCCACCAGACUGCUCAAAAUUGGAUUAUUUGCGUCUUGAAGAAAUUCAGAAACUAAGAAACCAGGUUGAGAGUCUAAAAAAGAAGUGUCGAUUGAGAAACAAGAAAAUUCAAGAAUGCCAGCAAAAACUUGAGGAAGUUUGGCUGGUUGUAAAAGCAGAAGCAGCCAGGAGAGAAGCAGCUCAGGAAGUUAUAAAAGCUUUGACAUCAAAGCUUCAUGCCACGUCAAAGAAUCAAUCCGUGGGAAGAGAAACAAACGAAAAGGAUAGUGCACAUUCUAUUGCAGAUGAUCCUUGCAAUCUCCCUAAGACAUUGCGAAUCAAUGCAAGAAAAGCCGAUAGUCUAUGUACUUCUCCUAUUAUUUUCUCAAGAUCUUUGUGUAACAAGGACGACACUCGACAGUCUCUAUCAGGAGAUGAAUCGUGCCAAACCGAAUCAGAAAUGGGACAAGGUGGUCAUGAAUGGGUGGAACGAUAUAAACCUGGCAUCUACAUCACCCUUAAAUCAUUGCAAAACGGGGAGAGGAUGAUCAAGCAACUUCGGUUUAGCCGGAAAAGAUUCACAGUGAAGGAAGCACAUAGAUGGUGGGAUGAGAACCAGCUAGUUGUAUACAAAAAGUACAAUGGUGACACACAUAUUUAGAUAUUUAGCUGUAUUUGGAUAGAUAAUUAAAAGCUUUUAAAAGUAGGAAAAAUUGUCGAGAAUAAAUAAUCCAAACUAUU